AGUGGCUCUGACGCUCCGCGAUUGGGUGAGCCCGGAGCUAAAGUGUGUUACACAGUAAAGCACGAGACGCGGAUGAGAACAACAACAGCUGCCGCCCCAUGAAGCCAGCUAAAGUCACAGUCUCGCUCCUCGGGCUCAUGCUGUAGAGACUUCGGAUGUUACGAUGGACACAAAAUUUACAAUUUCAGACAGUGACUCGGAGCCAUCGGAAGACGUAGAGGAAAGAGGAGGCUUGCAGCUAUUGCAAGAAAAGGAGAAGCCGCUCAGUCACACCCUGACGCUUCCUGAGCUCCGAUCUACAACAGGUCGGGUGAGGCUGAACUCGGAGUCUGUCGCUUCCACCAUCUCCAGAGAGGUGGAGCUGCAGGCCAGGGGGGAAGAGGAGGUCGGGAUCCCCACUGAGGGCUUUCCAUUCAGGGGCCGAUCUAAUUCAGCUCCUCCCUCCCUGUGGGCCGCUAAGAAGUACGGCCGGCAGCUUCGGAGGAUGAGCGAUGAGUUUGUCAACCUGCUUGAUAAAGGGGAAAUGAGGAACGUGAGCAGUGCUGGGUCGAACAGACCGAUACACCACUCCAGGAGCUGGUGGAGCUACCUCUUUAGUCACCAGGAGACAGAGGGAGAGAACAACCACCACGAAAACCACGCCUCCCGCACCGAGUAGAGGAGCGCAAGAGUUGAGCAAGGUUUUUAUGGUGGGGAGAAAAACCACUGAACAGCCUGUGACUGAAAAAACGGUUUCCAGGUUUAAGGACUUGGUUAUAUAGAUCAUUUAAAGGUUUUGUUUUUAUGUCUUUGCUAUACACAUUAGAUUUUUUUAUUAAGUGCUAGCUGUAAUUUAGUAAUGUUAGGCUGUCCAUUGUGUCAUAGGAAAAGUCAAAAUACUGCAAAAGUGAAAUGAUAUCUUAAAAGUUUAUUUAGACUUGCAAUUAGUGGAUGGAUGAAGUUGGUAUUUAACAUUUUAUUGCACCAGAGGCGACAAAUUCACCAAUUUGGAUUUUUGUUUUGGUCCCAUUACACAUGGUUAACAGCUCGGUUUGCUUCUUCUCCAUACACCCCAAUGUUACUCCCAUCUUUUUUUUAUAGUUAUUUUUUUAUAUAACUGUGUUUUGAUGUUUGGCCUGGUUCUGAAAUACACAACUCAAGGUUUGCCUAAGAAAAACAGCGAUGGAAAAGUCUGCAGCUGUAAUUUAGGUCAAGAUUUCUGUAGCGAUUUAUUCAAUUAGAAAGAAGAAUUCAGGAAAAAAGUUCCCUUCAAGCAGUGGAUUUGAUACUCAACAAACCGGCACCCAAAAGCUCUCUGUGGUCAACCCAAAAAUCUGUAAUUUGGAGCAAAAUUCUGGAAAAACCAGAAUGUUUUAAAUUAGGGAGCCAUGUAGUGAUUAUGUACGUCUCAUUUUCCUCCACAUAUCUGCGUUUUACUCAUGAAGAUUUACUUCUUCAGUAAAACCACUCAAAACCACUUUUGUCUAUCUACAGUUGAUCUCUCCAUAAAAAGUCACUUCAAGCUAACGCUUUUCAUGUCAGUUCCUUAUCCCGGCAAACUUUAUGCUCACAAACAACAGCUACAGCCACUUCACUGGUCAGGCUUUUGACUACUCGUCAUGGCGUUAACCGAGUUGCAUACUUCAGGUUGGCAGCCGCCGAUCAAUAAAAUCAGAUUAAGUAUCUUUUUUUUGGUCAAGAAAACAGUCCGUCCUGGUUGAAAUCUCUACUCUUUCAUUGCAGACAUAUCUAUAUAUGGUAGUGCCUUCCUGUUGUUGCGAGCUUAAUUCAAGGCUGUAGUUUUUCUUUUUGAACAGUGUGGUUUACAGAUUACUUUCUAAAUGUAGCUGGAAAAACAGAUGGGUAUUUCUUUACAUUUCAAGACUUGAUGGUUUUAAUGUCAAAUAUGAUGAUAAAUGCCCUUUUUAGGAGUUAAAACAAGCCCUGUUUCUUCACAGUGUUGUCACGACUUUUAAUGUAAUUGAGGAACCUUUAAUGUUUUUUGUUUUAUACAAACUUCUCGUUCCACUUCUUGCAAGCCUUUUCUAUGUUAAACAGUCGUGCUUGACUAUCAGAGAACUGCUUUAUUAGAACAAAUUUAUCAAAAGAACAACAAUCUUGUUAGUGGGACAAUCUGUGACGAUGCACAAAUAUUAUAAAACUUCAGGGUUUAGAUUGUAGCUAGUGACGUUAAAGCCUAAAUAUAAAAGCACAAAACAAGCCUAUCUUUUUAAAGACUUGGACAAGCAAAAAACAAAACAAAAAAAAAAAAAAAAAUGGAAAAAAAAAAGUUUUUAGCUGUAAAUAUGUUGUAAAUAUUUAUUCAAAUGACUGUGGUGGAGGUUUUAAAUAAAAAAGAAUUAACCAGAAGUUUAUUUACGAGGUUUCCCAGCUGUUCAGUAAGCAAUAGGCUUUGCACAAUCCACGGCUGUUGUGAUAAAUGUUUAAAUGAAUCGACUGCUGCAAGCCUCAACAUAUGGCAGGAUGAGUUCUCAUCUUGUCUCAUUUGAAGACGAGAUGCUUUUUGUAUCCAAACUUUCCGCAGACUUUGUUCAGAAAAGUCACUUUGUUUUAAUAAAAAAUGUUCAAUUUCAUCAGCAUCGACGUGUGGAUAAAACUUCUCACUGGAAUAACUUGUAUUGUACUCUGAUUUAUGAGCAAUUCUUGGCACAUAUUUAAACAUUUUAUGGAUAUCAUUAUUGCCUCAUAUAAAAAUCAAUAUUUCAUACACAGCUGGAUUUAAAAAAACAAAGCAAGGCUUGUCUAAUAUGUGAUUAUUAACAAUGGUGAUAAGUUCGUUCUGCUUGUGUCUUAUUGUCUUCCUCUCGGCUUGUAGAGUUGAGUUGUGAAGUGCUCGGGUUUGUCUUUAAUAACAUUUAUGGCUCUGGUUCAGUCUUCUAUAGCUUUUUCAUUUUAUUUAUUUUUGCUUAGUAUGCAUUUUAAUCUGACAACUCCAGACAAUCUGAACGGUGCCGCAGAGACUGAACCAAUGACUGUUUAAAAACGGUUGAUGACUACUGUUGGACCCCAUUUCUUUUACUUUAAUUUCACCACUUAGGAAAGCUUUACGUCUCGAUAGGUGGACAUUUACUUGAACUCUGAUGUGGAAGCGGGACUAGAUCCGAACCGAAGCUGAGCUGGGAUUUAAGUGCUUAGUUAUUAAACGACCUGCCUUGAACGUUUUUGUUCCCAGUGAAUCGACAACACAGAGCCAGCCUUGAACCUUUUUGCCCAAUCAGAGCCUUAAACGACACAAUCGCUGUCCCCAUUUAGUGCUCCAGAAAUAGCACAGUAGGUUUAGACGGAUGUGAGCUCUCUGUCCAGACUGAGAAGACAUUUCAGAUUCUGACAGACCGUAUCUGUGGAGUAAAAAAAAAAAAAAAACCCGCACGGGCACCAGGAGUUUUGCAUACGAUGUUAGUAUUACUUGAAUCUACAGAUGUGUGUAAAGAAAACAGAAUUUUAUCUGAUUUUUCUUUUCUAUUCUCUUUUCAGUUUUUAAUGACUUUUUGUAAAUGUAUUUUCUCUACAGCUGUGAAAAUUGAUAUAUGCUGUCAUGAAUAAAUGAUUUUAAGAUUGA